UGAUCAGCAAAGAAAAAAAGUCAUUCUCGGACUGCGCCCUGUUGUCCUCCCUGCACAUUUGCUUGAAUAUUAAAUCAGGGAUUUGGGAGCUUACCGUACAACUGUCGCUUCCCUUUCAACUUCCUAGACAUCAAUUUCCCCCUUCUGCGCAAUCCCCGCAGCUCUCACAAAACCCGCUCCAAAUACAUCAUGUCAUCCUCUCAAGAUCCUCCCCGCGCCGACGAGGACGCUUACAUUGAAGCCGAUGAAGCAGAGGAGGUCUUCAACCGCGAUGAGGACCAUCCUAUGGAGUCCGACCCCGAAGACGAUGAUCAGCCUAUGACUUACGAAGAACAAGAAAUCACCUUGGAGAACGACUCUGCCGCCCACUUCGAUAGCCACACGGACUCCGUCUUUUGCAUUGCUCAGCAUCCGGUUCACAACUCCAUCGUUAUUACUGGUUCCGGUGACGACACCGCUUAUCUCUUCGAUUCGACACCGAACAAUGAGCGCCCUCUCCUUCCCCAGAGCUACGAAUCGGAUCCGCAACCGAGGCGGGAGCGCGACUCCCUGAAGCCCCUCCUGAAGCUGGACGGCCACUCAGACACUGUGAAUGGAGUCGCAUUUACAGAGCCCAAGGGCGAGUAUGUUAUUACGGCAGGAAUGGACGGCAAGCUGCGUGCUUGGCGCGAUACCACUCCGCAGGGAACCGGGCUCGCAUGGCAAUAUCUCGCGGAGGUCCAGGAAGUGGAGGAGAUCAACUGGGUCGCUGUCUGCCCUUCUGAGAAGGGUGAUGAGGAAAAGAGCAAUGUCAUUGCUCUGGGAGCCAACGAUGGCAGUGCAUGGGUGUUCCGUAUCGACCACAAGGACUCUGCGGAGCCCAUCUCCAUCAUUCAGUCGUUCUUCCAGCACACCGGAUCUUGCACUGCCGGUGCCUGGACCCCCGACGGAAAGCUUUUGGCGACUGUUUCGGAGGAUGGCAGCUUCUACGUUUACGAUGUCUUUGGCGCCGCUUCUGCUGCUGGCAUCGCCUACUCCGCUGGUACUAGCGCCGUCGUCGGUCUGACCGCAGAUGACCAGCGCUUUGCUGUUGAGGGAGGACUGUACUCUGUCGCCAUCGCCCCGUCUGGCACCAUUGCUGCUGUUGGUGGUGCUGAAGGCCACAUCAAGGUGGUUGGUCUUCCCCGUCUGGCGCCCUCCGGCGGUGCUGCGGGUUCUAAGGCGAAGGGCCGGGGAGCUCCUUCGCAGACGAGUGCCUCUGCUGCAGGCACUCUCCUCGCCUCUCUUCAGGCCCAGGGUGACGGUGUUGAGACUCUGUCUUUCUCUUCCGCUCCCAUGAACCUUCUUGCGGCUGGCUCCGUGGACGGCUCGAUCGCGCUCUUUGACACUGCUCAUCGCUUUGCCGUCCGCCGCCACAUCAAAGAGGCCCACGAGGGAGCAGUGGUCAAGCUCGAGUUCUUGCAGAGCCGUGCGCCCGCCAACCCCUUGCCUCGUCCCAGCCCGCUUGCGUCUGCCACUGCCGGCCAAGGCCAACCGUGGCUGCUCACCUCCGUGGGUAUGGAUGGCAUUGUUAGACGCUGGGAUGCACGUGGAGGAACUGCCGCUGCUGCCCAGGGUCUGUUGAAGGAAUGGAAGGGUCACCUGGGUCUUAUCGAGAACUCCGAGGGAGAGCAAUCCGGUGGUAUCAUGGCCUUUGUCCAGAGCUCGGAUGGCAAGAGGGUUGUUACUGCCGGUGAUGACGGUAUCUCCCUGGUAUUUGAGGAGUAAAUGUUUGAUGAAUAGACAAAAUACCUGUAUAGAUGCAAAGUCCGACUUAUUAUGUGAAUCUGAUGAUCAUGUUUGUUUCCAAUUACUGGACAGUCUUACCACCCCAUUAGUAAUCCUAAAAGAAUCCUAAGCGCAAAAACCAAUAAUCGCACCUGGCUUGUUAAACAAAGCAUGCACUUGUGAUAAAUAACAGUUAC